AUGGGUAUUUUCGGUUUGACAAGUUACACAAACAAGAAUUAUGAUUGGUAUUUUAAAUAUUUUGAAUUGCAUGAUACGUAUUUAGUGAUUGAUGGUAACAGUACUUGUUGUCAAUUAUAUGAGCAUGCAAAUUGUAAUUCUGAUUACGGUGGUGAUUAUGAUGAAUAUGCUGAAUGCACGUCCGAUUUCUUUAAUGCUUUAUUAAAAUGUAAUGUAACACCAUUAGUUAUACUUGAUGGUGGUUACAGUGAUAUGAAACUAGAAAGAAUUCUAAAGAGGUGCAAAGAAAAAAAUUAUAUGGCAUGUAAUUUUAUACCUUACAAGCAACAGGUUUUACUGCCUUUAAUGAUAGUGACAGUUUUUAGGGACAUUAUGAAAAAGCUGAAUAUUCGGUUUGUACAAUGUUUAUUUGAUGCUGAUAAUAGUACAGCCGCAGUAGCAAAGGCAUUGAAUUGUCCUGUACUAAGUUACGAUUCUGAUUUUUAUCUCUAUGGAAUUGAAUAUAUACGGUUCGAUACAUUAAGUGACUGUAUAGUCAGGGAUCCAAUUACAAAAAAUUAUAGAAUGCCAUGUAAAAUUUAUAGAAUCGAACACUUAUUGAAUGCUUUCGAAGGCUUAAACCAAUGUAUGUUACCAUUGGCUGCAGUAUUGCUAGGGAAUGACAUUACAGACCAUAAUUUGUUCAAAAACUUCUUCAAUCUUUUUAAAUUACCACACAUACAUACCAAAUUUGAAUAUCGCCAAUUACUUAUAGGAGUAACUUUUAAUUGGUUGAGUAAACAUACCUUGGAGGAAGCAAUUACUGAAAUUUUGAAUACCAUAUCUGAACCAAUGCGACAAGAAGUGUUAAAUAUAAUAGAAGUCAAUAUAAAUAAUUAUACAAAUCCAUCUGCAGAAAUGCUUGUUCCAUUGGGAUUCCCUGAAAAAUAUAAUAUUCAGGGGCUUAAUGACUCUGCGAAUAAAAACCUAGAAAAAAUUGAAAAAGGAAAAGAAAACGUAGAUGAAAUAAUGAACGAAUGUAAAAAAUUGAAAUCAGUCAUUGAAACAGCUAUUGAUAAUUUACCUACAUGGUUCCUAGAUGAAUUUUAUACAGGUAAAUAUACAGGAUAUUUCAUACAUUUGUCAAUUUUUAAAUUAUUUGUUUACCCGAUACAAAUAGACAAUUUUCUAAAUCCUUCGAGUGCUGCGAUAAGUUUACCAAUUCUUAGAGUUAUAUUCGGGCUUCUAAACUUUGAAACAAACAACAGUGAAACAGCUACUAUGAAAUAUAUGAUGAGAAAUCAGAACAACGAGCUUGCAUGGCAUGAAGUAGAAGGAAUUAAUACUAUACCUUUGUCUAAUCUUAAAAAAAUUACAUCGAUCGCAAGAACAGAAAUUUUAAAUAACACUUUAGGAAUUACGAAUAUGGAGUGUCUUAAUGAACUUCUACCAGAAUGGAGGUUGUAUAUUGCUUGCAUGAAAUAUUGGAAGGAACAACAAAUCCCAUCUAAAUCGCAUAAACAUUUUAUAUACGCUAUGCUUUUUUGUAUAUUUUCCAGUAUAAUAAAUUUAAAGAUUGGAAAAAUUCGUUCUUUGCGAAAUUUUCAAAUGAUAUAUAGCGAAGUAAUUCAGGCUAUAAAGAAGAAGAGAGAAAGAAAUGAUCCAUCCGAAAGCCAUGAAUUUGAGUAUAAGCAAUGCGAUUUAAAAAAUACUAUGAUUAUUGAUGCCUACAAUAAUAUUAAGCUUAGUGAUUGUUUACUAGCAGCACCAUUUUUUAUUUCUCAUUUUCAAAUCUCUCGAUACUCGUAUAAUAGAAAUAUUAUUCAUGCAUUUGCAGAAUUCCAAAUUUGUUUGAAAUCGAUCAUGGACUUGAAUAUGCUUUUAGAUUAUCCUUAUCUGCAGCCAAAGGUUGCCAAUUUGUUUAACAGUACACUUUUAUAUAAUUUGUAUAAUAAUUUUCAAACUCGCAACAAUAUCAAAGAAUACAUAAACACAGUUCUUCAAAAUUCACCGAGUCUUUUAAUGUUAUUUGAUAUAAUUUUGUUGAAAAUAGAACCUUUGCUCGGAUUGGACAACUAAGAUAUUCACCGAAGAACAAUCAACCCCUUGAAUUCUAAAACAAUUAUUAAAGAAGCUAUUAAUAUAAAAGCAA